ACGCAGGCGCCACCACAGACGCGGGGCGGUGCCGGUCACGGAAGCCUUCCCACGGCUGGGCCCUACAAGGCGGCAGCAGCAGCAUCGCACUGCGCACGCCUCGUGGGGUGCUGCUGGAGGGGCGGCAGUCCACGACCCCGCCGGGCUAUCGGCCGAGGCCGUACGUGGCCGUGUGGACCCCCCCGCCGCCCUGCCCCGCGGUGGAGAUGCAGCUCGCCGGCGUGGGCGUCGACACGGGGAUGAUGUCAGAUGCAGUGCGGCACGAGCCACGGGCCGGCUGCGUGUUCCUGCUGCUGCCCUUCGGUGGCGUCUACACGGUCGAGGUGAACGAGUGCGACCGGGUGAGCGACGUGGUGAGCCGAGCCAACGAGCGCCACGGGCCCCUGGUGCCGAGCGUGGCGACCUUGCACCACCAAGGCAGGCGGCUGCCUCUCUCCACGAGGCUGUCUACGCACGGGGGCCUCCACGAAGCCAACCUGCACGUGCAGUACCCGCUGAGGGGUGGCAGCUCUCCAGGACGUGAGGGUGAUGACAAGAAUGUGAAGCUGCCUUCCAGUAUGCAAGACUGGAAUGAAGACCAUGUUCGCUACUGGUUGGUUCACGAAGUUAAAUUGAAAGAGCAACAUGCCAACAAAUUACACGAGGAAGAGUUAACAGGGCCUUCUUUAGUAAAGGUGCAGCGUGAACAACUCAAGGAGUUUGGUCUCAAGUCGCUACAAAUAUCCUUACUCAUAGACUCGCGUGACGAAUACCUGAAGUCCAAGCCCAAGUCGUCCAGCACCCAUAGCCACAUAGCAGCAACACCUGCACGCGGUUCUGUGAAUGCUCAGAGCCACCGUGAAACAAAGGGGGCACAACUCGUUCCUGGCAGCACACAAGCCAAGUUCUCAAACUCUGAAGAAAACCCUCCGAAUAAAAACAAGAAAAUAAAUAAAAAGGGCACAGAACAACAGCAAGAGAAGUGUGCGGAUCAGAAGCAGACAGAGCCAGGUGAUGUGGUUCAUGGUGAUGACACGAACAUAGCACAGCAGGUACAUGAAGAAGCUUCACAACCACCUGCAGAGGUGGGGACACAGGAGCAUUCCGCUGUUGAUGAUUCAAGCCAACAAAACACCAGCAAGAGUCAGGUGAAUAUUUGCUCACCAUGCCCAUUUGAUCACCAUUACACAUCACACAGAUAUAUCAGAGGAAGUGUGCUGCCUAGUGAAACAGGAAUCACAAACUAUAUAGAUCCGGUUCACGAGUUUAAGCUUUUUGCCUGUCAGGGCGACGUUGAUGAAGAAUCCAAGAUGAAGAAAUUCUGUAAUGAGGUGUUCAGGUUCUCUGCUGGGUGCAUGAACAGGAGGACAAAUGGCACCAUACACUUUGGUGUGGGAGACACGAAGAGCGGGUACAGGCACGGUGAAGUUAACGGUGUCCACGUAGAAGACCAGAGCAAGUUUGUUGAUACAAUCGACAACAACAUCUCAAAGUACUUCCAGAAAGACAGGAUCGAAGAUGCUAAAGAAUGCAUACGACCUCCAAGAUUUGUGGAGGUCAUUUCGCCUGAACAUACAAGUCUUGGUGCAUACGUGAUAGAAGUCGAUGUUAUCCCUAAGAGCACAAUAUGCAAAGACAAUGUUUAUGAAAUAAAGCAAAUGAAACACGUCAAUGGAAAAUGGCAAGCGGAUAAAGAGAACCACGUGUAUAAGCGAGACGGUGCAUCUUCUAAGGAUAUUCUGGCAACACAGAAUUCGGAACAGUGGAAAGAAGAGUAUAGACGCGUUUGUGAAGAUGUGAAAAAGUGGAAUGAGCAGAGAAAACUGGCCGAAACCAACCAAAAAAUAGUUCGUAAGCCAGAUGAUGAAGGCAAAAAACUAACUCAUCUGAUAACAGGAGGAAAAGGGACACUCGAUGAUUCGUAUUUUAGUUCCUACAUUUUGGUGGUUAACAAAGCAGACAAAAGCCAACUUCAACAUCUUGAAUUUGUGAAAGAAAUAAAUUGGUUUGCUGUCCUUGAUUUUGACCCUGAAUCUAACGUCUCUGGACUGUGCAGCCGUGUCCGUCCUGAUAGAUCACUUAAUCUGCAUUUUCCUUGGCAGUUUGUAGAACGUGAACAUUCUGACAUUGAAACAUUAGCCAAGGAGCUUAACCUUCACAAGCAAACCAGCUGGAUAUUCUGCAAUGGAAGGGCAGACAUAGGCAAUAACAAAGCCAUGGAUGCAAAAGAGUUUCAGAGAAAGCAGAGUGGAAACCACAGCAGGCUGGUUAGCUUGUUGUGCCACAAGGACCUUUUGCCAAGUGGGAGAUUUCUUGUUGUGUUUCUGCCCCUCAUGAAAGUUGACAAUUUGAUUGACCCAAUGAUGGAAACAUUUUUCUACUUUCAUCAGGAAAUGCAGGGCCUUGCUGAUAUUAUGUUGAUAACAGAAAACGUGGCAACAUACGAGAGCUGGGCCAACCUUGCACAGACAAAAGUUGACGAAACUGACUUGGGACAUAAAUCAAUUCGUGUUAUGAGUUUAGAGCACGUAAACUCAACUAUUUUCAAGAUCAAAGCUGCGUCAAAAAGCAGACAGCGCUUUCUGCGUACGUCCACGGGGGGCUCCUGCUGUUUGACCAAAGUGCAGGAGGAGCGCAUGUCUUCCCUCACGGUUGUUUGUGAGAAUGAAUGUGAAGGCACUGAAGUAGAAAAAGAUGAGAAAGGUUUUGACGACUUUCGAAGAAGUAUUGAGGAAAACUACUACAAGGGAGGAAAAGUCUGCCCGUGGAACUUUUAUUUCUCUGAAAAGCGAAGAAAGCCUUUCAUCAAACGUGAGCCGUUUCGUCCUUUAAAGCAGAAUGUUGAAGAUGCACUUAGGUCAAAGCGAUGCCUUCAAAUGGUGAAUUUGUUUCACCAUCCUGGCUGUGGAGGAACAACACUUGCAUGGCAUGUCCUGUGGGAGCUCAGGAAAAGGUUUAGGUGUGCUGUGAUUAAAAACAACUAUGAUGAUCACAGAGAAAUUGCCAUUCAAGUCAAAGCACUGCUAAAGUAUGCAGAGGCUGACCCUAAUAUCUACACCCCGGUUCUUCUUCUCGUUGAUGAUGCUGAUGAUGCAGAAAGCCUCAGAAACCUGCAACACAGCAUAAUAUCCGAGCUGUCAGAUGUUCCAUUUGAUGAGCCACUCAUUGUGAUGAUUAACUGCAUGCGCUCACAGGCCCCGGAAGAAAGUCGAAAGGCAAGUGUUUUUGACAGUGUCAUUUUAGAGCACAAACUUUCUCCAACAGAGCAAGAACGGUUUGAAAAAAAGCUUAAAGAAAUCGAAAAUGAUUACAAAGAAUGUGACAGCUUCCUUUCGUUUAUGAUCAUUAAGAAAAAUUUUGAUACAAAUUACAUCGCAAAUAUGGUAAAGAAUAUGAUGAAAGGUGCUGACUGCAACAGUGAAAAUGGUAAACUUAUCAGUUACAUUGCAUUGCUAAACAGCUACGUAAAGAACGCAUCAAUACCGGUGACUCGGUGUGAGGUGAUUCUUGGAAUCUCACACGUAAAAUCCACAUUUUGGAGAAAGCAAACUCUUGACGAUGGGCUGAGCAAGCAUGCUAAAUUACUGCUCAUUAAAUGCCCCAUGGAUGAAGUGAAUGGCACUUAUGAAUCUGUGAGAAUGUCACACCCACUAGUGGCAGAGCAAGUGCUGAAAGAAUUUGAAACAACUGGUGGCCCAUCAAGAUGUAAAAUUGCACAUGAUAUCCUGGAUGAACACUCACUUUACACGGAUGGUAUGGGGAGAGAAUACUUGGUAAAAAAUGUGAGAAGCAUGUUCAUCACACGCCAUCGAAAAGAACAGGGUGAUGAGACAGAUACUCUCUUUGCACCCCUCAUUGAAGAUGUAAUUUCAAACAAAUUCAGUGCAUCUCAGUCAGGCCAUGUGGUGACCGGCAUGGAAUUGGCCAGGAAUGUGCUGCUUCGUGCAGCAGCCAGAUUCCCAAAAGAUGCAGUAAUGGCUCAGGCUCUGGCAAGGUAUUACUCCCUAAAAGAGAAAACAUUUGGCGAAGCUAAACAUUGGGCAGAGAUUGCAAAAUCAUUGGCCAAAAGUAACUCGUAUAUCACAGAUACAAUUGGUCAAGUUUACAAGUGUGAGCUGAAGCAGACAUAUGACCUCCGUGCAAUUGAGAACAGGGGCUUUCUCCUUCCAUCAGAUCUCAAUAAAGCACUGCAGCUGGCAAAAAGGGCAUCUGACUUUUUCAAGGAAGCACAGGAACUGGCUAAGAAGGAAGAUGAUGUUUUCAACACUGCUGGAUUCUUUGGUGAUGUUGAAGUGGCCUCAUACAUAUUGCACCUUUUUGAUCUUACCAAACUGUUUGACAAAAACUACGAAAUUAACAAAAAAACGAAGGUGGCAUAUCUAAAUGGAAGGAUAGACUUGUCACGGAUUCCCACAAGUGAUGAGGAAUUAAGAGCCACAGUGGAAGUUUUACAAAAUAAUGAAUGGUACCUUCGAGAAUUAAAAAACCGAAUGAAGAUUUCUUUGGAGUUUUUGGAAGACUACUUUUGGCUCUUUAAGGCCAGGUAUUCUGAAAAGGAAAAAACUGAAAAUAGAGUCCGUCACACAAUCUUGCGUUACUAUUCUCAGUACACAGAUGCUUUUUGUUCAAACAUUUUGGACGGUGAUAACAAAGUGGAUGCCGCCAAAUGCCCUCGACUGAGUGCCAGAUCAGAGAUUGAAGCAAAACAUGGCGAUCGAUUUACAGGGCUAAUACGAUAUCUAUCGCCUCAAAAUAACCAAAUGAAAAGCCUUGAAUGUAUAAUUAGCAAUUAUGAAAAUAUACUUGCUGAAAGCAGAAAUGGUAACAAUGUUAAGGAAAAGCAGAAUUUUAUUUUUGCUAACCUUGUCUUAAAUUGCGUCAGUCCGACAUCCAAAAGAAUUUCUCCACAUGGAAAACUGCAGUUGAUGGUCAAAGACAUGGUCCUUGAGAUAGGGUUGGAGUACCGAUUUCCUGAACCAUACUUUCUGGCAAUGCUGCUCCUGUGGCCCAAAGCAGACAGCAACAGGCGUGAUGUGCGCACCCUGGCAAGUUGCAUUGAGGCCAUGAAGCGAUCAUUCCGAAUGAAAUAUGAAUUCAUUAGCCGUAAGCGUCAGUUUAUGACCAACUUUUUCUUGGGAAACGGCACCGGACUUAACAGGAUCGUGUCUCGUCAGAAGAUAGACAAGACUUCGGAGAUGCAGGGAACUGGGAAAUCGUUGCAUCAAUUAUGGCUCAGUGGAGAUAUUCUGAAAGUGAGACGGGUUGAGGAAACGCUUUUCAGAGUGCACGGAUCAACCAACGAUGAAGGAAAUAUAUUUCUGGAUCACAAAUUCAAUGUUGGAGACGAUAAGAAUGAGGCGAUCAAGAUCCCUGUGCGCCCAGUAAACCUUGGACAGCUGCGGAAGGGCAAGAGCAUUGAACGUGUUAAAUUCUUUGUGGGAUUUUCUAUGGAUGGUCCCAUUGCCUAUGACGUACAGCCUGUACAGGACUUCUGAGAUAGAUUGUGUUAUACAGCCCUCUGAAUAUUCAAAACUAUAUCCUUGAAUGUACAGGAAGUUUUCAGUUAAUUUUAACAUUAUUACAAAUAUAUCUACAUAAGCAAUCAAUGUCUGUAAAACUUUGAGAAGAUAAGGACAUGUUCUAUGUUCUCUAGUAUACAAACUUAAGUGAAGAAGUAAAAAUUAUAUUCUUAGCUCUUUCGGUAAAGUCACGUUGAAGGGAAACAAUAAAAUAAUACAAUAUUUUUUUAUAUAACGUGACUUUACCGAAAGAGCUAAGAAUAUGAAUUACUGCAGUCACGAAAGGUUUAAAUCAAAAGUAAAAAUUAGUUUACAGCUAUAAACGGUAUCUUAACAGAGGAUAUCAAUGAACCAUCUUACAAUCAACUAUUUAAUUCAGAGGUACUUUUGUCAAAAUAACUUUGUCUCCAGAUCAAGAUACUAUCAUGGGCACAGCAAGUGAUGCCACAGCACUUUGCCAAUCCUAUAUACCUUCUGCCAGAUCCUGAAGGCGCUGUAAAGUAGACACGAUACCUCCAACAUCUGCCUUAACAGGAUCGCACCACCUGGCCUUCGGUCUUCCCCUUGGUCGCCAGAUGUAUGGAGACCACUCCAGUGCUCUGUCUCAGAAACCAGGACUCCUCCUUCCUGUACACGUGUCCUAUCUAGCUUUUGCCUGAUCAUAUCUACAACAUAGACCUGGCAUGUUCUCUUCUGGAAUGCUGCAUUGCUCAUACAUUUCAUCAUGUUGGUCUCGGAUAUCUGUACUCAAAUGCGAACAAUUUAUUUUUAAACUGCAUAUAAUCCAUCUAUUUGACUUAUGCAAUAAUUUAGACACCACUUCUACGUAAAUUACCAUCUUUUUUACGGCCAGAUUUGUUUACUUUCUUUACCAAAGUGAUAUCCCCAGCUCUUCAAACACCUGACCUGCUAAAGCUAUAUGCCUCCUGACCUAAUUCUCACAAACCCCAUGCAUUGUGGAUGGUAUUGCCCAAAACACAAAGUCCUCUACCACCUUAACCUUAUUUCCUCCUGCGACCCUAUUGUAGGAGCCCCAUGUCUAACGAUAGCCAUUAACUUCGUCUCGUGAUUGUUUACACCUUAAGAUCCUAAUGCCCAGCUGCAGUUCAUCACGACUGCCAACAGCUGGACAGCUCCAGCCACAGUACUCGCCAACAAAUUCGCUUCUGUCUGCACAAGUCCCACAUUCAUCUCAGCUGCACUGAUCUAUGGGUGUUUUACUGUGCUAACUCCAUUCAAAUUGUCAUUGAACACGUAGUCCAGCACAACGUUAAACAAUGUGAUGAAUGCUUGUCCAAACAUCAAACCAUUCUGAUGACACCUAUUCAUACACAGGCCUAUCUACUACGAUACAGGUGCUCAAUCAGCCAACUUAAUUAUCUUACCUGCGACCUCGCAGUCAUUCGCUUGCUUAACAUCGAUGAAGCAAAUGCAGAGGUCCUCCCCAUAUCCCCAACUCUUCUGUGUAAAGAUCAGGUCACUGCAGUCUCUCCUUGAUCUAAAUCCAUGAUUUUCCUUUGAGUCCUUUUCUUUAUGAUUAUGAACCCCAUUUACCAAGUUUUUAGUAAAUCCCUCACGUGGAGUGCUCAGCAGGCUUGGCCCACUAGUUACUGCUCUCCUUUCUCUCCCUGUCAUUGAAUGCGAUGCCUUCCAGUGCUGUGGUAGCUGGCCUCUAUUCCAAGCAGCUUUGAUUACCUGAAAAAUAAAGGUGAUAACUUAUAGAAUUACAAUAUAUGUCAAAACUACCGUAUACCAUUUGCGAUUUUUACCAAAUAUAUUAUCUUUUUUCCUAACUGAACUGCAUUUUGCUGACUAACCACGUUCUAAUCAAAUAUUUUAAGGGAAAAUGUGUUUUUACUUUACAUAUUUGAUAGUUUGAUCUACUGAUAUUGAUUUCUUGUAGCUGUCUAAAUAACCUGAUUUUAUUUGAUUAACAGCAUAUAUUAUACACACACACAAAGAUCAUUGUAUAUACUGACUAUUGAAACGAGUCAUACGAGUUACUUUUGUGGAUAUCCUAUAGUAUAUUUAUGUAUGAAACAUUCCAUAGGCUACACACGUUUCGUUUUUGCAUAAGUAUUAACCCACAUGUCCAUUGGAGGUGCCCAUCCGUCCACCCUCCCUCCAGUCAGCCAGCCAGCCAGCAAAACUUGUGUUUGAUGUCGUACAAUCUGAUACUAUGAUAGCAGGCUGGUGGGUGGUUGGGGGGGGGGACAUGACGUCAGCACGCACGAACCCGGCUCAACGCUGUUCGAUGCGAGUGACGUCAUCGCGCAGAUGUGCGCGAUGAUGUCACCACUUGGCCACGUGCCGGUCGCGCGCCAGCCAGACAGGAAUCCAGCCAGACAAACUUUGUUUCUAUUCUCGUACGAGACGUGGAUGUACUCGCGGGUAUAUUGAGCUCCGUGAGAGAUGUGCAGCGCUGUAGCGAGGGCGGGGCAAGCCGCGGGCUGUACGGGCGGCGGGCACGGGGAUGGCGCCUUGCCCCGAGUGCCGUCCUCAAGGUGCUGUGCAGCAGCAUGUUACAGCUCUUCCACUUCACUACAUUGACUGUGCAGCAGCAUGUUACAGCUCUUCCACUUCACAACAUUCACUGUGCAGCAGCAUGCUACAGCUCUUCCACCUCACUACAUUCACUGUGCAGCAGCAUGUUACUGCUCUUCCACUUCACUACAUUCACUGUGCAGCAGCAUGUUGCAGCUCUUCCACUUCACAACAUUCACUGUGCAGCAGCAUGUUACAGCUCUUCCACUUCACAACAUUCACUGACGAGCGCGCAUGCGUCUCGAUGCGUUAUCUGCAUGGCACAGGUUUAUACGAUAAAAUAAAACGUUGCAUGAAAAAUGCGUGACUAAUUUCUUGUGAGUUAAACUGCUUCUAUGAGUCUUCUUGGUUCUUU